GACCUCGCUACGACUCAAGAUCCGUAGCAGGCGACGGGCGGUUACUGCUAGCGCAUACAAGAAUAUAUAAGUAGCGAUAUCUGAUCUCCAACACUGAUCCUCUACCACCUACUCUUCGCUACAACUUUACUAGUAUUUGGAGCGAUCAAAUCAAUUCUGCGCGGCGACUCAAGCUCAGAUAAUUGCCUUACAGUUCCGACAACAGUUUGUCUACUAAGCUUAAGCUCUUCACGUCCAUUGUCCAUACGGACCCAGCUAUCACUAUGGGCCGAUUCGAAACCCUCAAUGAAGACACCAAGGACCUUGUCAAUUGUCUUCUUCCCGCCCUGGCAGCCUCCUUCGGUCUUUCCGACAGUUUGGACAUCAUCCCCGAGGACAUUCGUAUGCGUGCUUGGGAUUGCGAGCGCCGCGACCACAUCAAGGACGAGACCGAGAAUGACCCUCGCAAUUGGGGUGUACAGUUCCUCAAAGACUUGAAGGCUAUUUCUCGUCUCACAAACGGAAAUUUAGCCCAGUUCCAAGCUGAUCUGCGCGCCAAGGUCGCUCUGCAUGAGCCCAAGCAUCCCUGGGCUCGUCUGGCCGAUAUUAGGGACAUCAAGGAUGAGUACGAGCAUCCGGAGCGCAAGAACCAGAUCGUCAUCCAAGAGUCCUCUGAAGAGUCUUCUGAUGACUCCUACUUCGAGGAGCUUGUCGAGCCAGAUCAACCCAAAGGCGCUAAGAGGCGUCGUGGUGACCACGAGAUCUACGAAGCACGUGUUCUGGAGAAGCGCCGCAAACAUGCGCCUAACCGUCUCCGCCGUGCCGAGGCGGGUGGCUUCCAGCGUCACGACAAGCGGGCCAAAAAGUGCGAGCGCCCAUUCCGCCCCAGCACCACUCCCAGUGGUCGAGGCAUCGCCAUUCGUCGCUCUAGAACCAUUGUCAGCGACGACGAGGAAGACUACACUAGCUCUCCUGGUACCCAAUCUCUCCUUGCCCACCCGACUUCCGCCUUCUCUGUCUCUGCUGGUCCCCAAGAGGCGCGCAUGUACCCUGUCGAGACCGUAGAUCCCAUGGAUACAUCUGGGCAGCCUAUUGCUGUCCAGAAACUGCAGGCUGAGUUGGAAGUUGCGGAGGCGGAGCUCAAGGCUGCUCGUGUGAAGUGGCAGUACCUUCAGGCCAAGGAGCAGAUGGAGCAGGAGACUAUGUAUGGUGGAAACGGUACUCCGGAGAUGCCUCACAGGUUCGAUUAAGUAGUUCUGGUUGAUGUGAUUGGAGGAUUUUAUGCAUAUUUGUGGUGGCUUCGG